AUGAUGGGAGGGGGUGACGUGGCAGUGACGGGAACAUAAAAUGAAAUGAGUGGCGGGGACACUAGCCAAUCCACGAUCAAGUUGGCCGGGCGCUCUGAAUUCUCGAGUCCUCCUUAAAUGCUGGAGACUUCGGGAAAGCACCAAUGAGCUUUACGUAAGUCUGAUUGGCCUUCACAGGAACCAAUCAAUGACGUCGCUGGCGGACAGUCCCAUCCGGGACUCUCGGUGGGUUGUAGGGAAUGACAGGCCCCAGGAAAAUGCCAAUGUCCUAGGGAAUCUUCCGCAAGUGACACUAGUAGGCACCAAUUGACUCCCUCCUUCCCGGCAGCCGGUCCCUCCUCCCCGGCCGGCCUGGCGGGGCGGUGACGCUACGCGGCGGCGGCUGAUGCGCUAGGUGUGCGGCGCUCCGGCGGCGACGGCGGCUCUCGGAGGCGGUUCCGGUUGUGUGUCUCGGGGCGGUGGCAGCUCAUGGCGGCGACGGAGCUGAGAGGAGUGGUGGGCCCGGGCCCGGCAGCCAUUGCAGCUCCGGGCGGCGGCGGCACCGGUCCCCCGGUGGUGGGAAGCGGAGGCGGCCGCGGAGACUCGGCGCCAGGCUCUGGGGCCGCGCCGGGCACUGUCGCCACGUCGUCUGCGAGCGGCCCGGGCCCCGGGGCCGCCGGGGCAGUGGCGGCGGCAGGCCCAGCCCCAGUACCUCCGGCCGGGGGCUCGGGGGGCUCGGUUAGCUCCGGCGCUGGGAGUUCGGGCUCGGCUCGAGAAGGCUGGCUCUUCAAAUGGACCAAUUAUAUCAAAGGCUACCAGCGGCGUUGGUUCGUGCUGAGCAACGGGCUGCUGAGCUACUACAGGUCAAAGGCAGAAAUGAGACAUACCUGCCGUGGUACCAUCAACCUGGCCACAGCCAACAUCACUGUGGAGGACUCCUGCAACUUCAUCAUCUCCAAUGGAGGUGCUCAGACCUACCAUCUGAAGGCCAGCUCGGAAGUGGAGCGGCAGCGCUGGGUGACAGCCCUGGAACUGGCCAAGGCCAAGGCUGUGAAGAUGCUGGCAGAAUCAGAUGAGUCAGGAGAUGAAGAGUCUGUCUCACAAACUGACAAGACAGAGCUGCAGAAUACCCUUCGGACAUUGUCCAGCAAAGUUGAGGACCUGAGCACAUGCAAUGACCUGAUAGCCAAGCAUGGCACCGCGCUGCAGCGCUCCCUCAGUGAGCUGGAGUCCCUGAGGCUGCCUGCUGAGAGCAACGAAAAGAUCAAGCAGGUCAACGAACGGGCCACACUCUUCAGGAUCACAUCCAAUGCCAUGAUCAAUGCUUGCAGAGAUUUUCUUAUGUUAGCCCAGACCCAUAGUAAAAAAUGGCAGAAAUCACUACAGUAUGAGCGAGACCAGCGGAUCCGGCUGGAGGAGACCUUGGAGCAGCUGGCAAAGCAACAUAACCACCUGGAGAGGGCUUUCCGAGGAGCCACGGUGCUGCCGGCACACCCUUCUGGCAGUGCGGGUCCAGGAAAAGAUCAGUGCUGCUCUGGCAAAGGAGACAUGAGUGAUGAGGAUGAUGAGAAUGAAUUUUUUGAUGCUCCUGAGAUCAUCACCAUGCCUGAAAAUUUGGGCCACAAACGUACUGGCAGCAACAUCAGUGGAGCCAGCAGUGACAUCAGCCUUGAUGAACAGUACAAGCAUCAGCUGGAAGAGACCAAGAAGGAAAAGAGAACUAAAAUACCAUACAAACCCAACUAUAGCCUCAAUCUGUGGAGCAUCAUGAAGAACUGCAUUGGAAAAGAACUCUCUAAGAUCCCCAUGCCGGUAAACUUUAAUGAGCCCUUAUCCAUGCUUCAGCGCCUUACUGAAGAUCUGGAAUACCACGAGCUGUUAGAUCGAGCUGCAAAAUGUGAAAACUCUCUAGAACAGCUCUGUUAUGUUGCAGCUUUCACCGUGUCUUCCUACUCCACUACUGUCUUCCGUACUAGCAAGCCAUUCAACCCACUCCUUGGGGAGACUUUUGAACUAGACCGAUUAGAAGAGAAUGGGUACCAGUCCCUCUGUGAGCAGGUGAGUCAUCAUCCCCCGGCUGCUGCACACCAUGCUGAGUCCAAAAAUGGCUGGACGUUGCGUCAGGAAAUCAAAAUCACCAGCAAGUUUCGAGGCAAAUAUCUCUCCAUUAUGCCCCUUGGUACCAUCCACUGUAUUUUCAAGGAAAGUGGUCACCACUACACUUGGAAGAAAGUUACCACAACAGUGCACAACAUUAUCGUGGGCAAGUUGUGGAUCGAUCAGUCUGGUGAAAUUGAUAUUAUAAAUCACAAGACAGGAGACAAGUGCAAUCUUAAAUUUGUUCCUUAUAGCUAUUUUUCUCGGGAUGUAGCAAGAAAGGUGACAGGGGAAGUGACAGAUCCAUCAGGGAAGGUUCACUUUGUCCUGCUGGGGACUUGGGAUGAGAAAAUGGAUUGUUUUAAAGUUCAGCCUGUCGUUGGGGAAAAUGGGGGUGAUGCUCGACAGAGAAGCUGUGAAGCAGAGGAGAGCAGGGUCAUGCUGUGGAAAAGGAACCCCUUGCCGAAGAAUGCAGAAAACAUGUACUACUUCUCAGAGCUUGCUCUAACUCUCAAUGCCUGGGAAGCUGGCACCGCCCCCACAGACAGUCGAUUGCGGCCCGACCAGAGGCUGAUGGAAAAUGGGCGCUGGGAUGAAGCCAAUGCUGAGAAGCAGCGCCUGGAAGAAAAGCAGAGACUCGCCAGAAAGAAGAGAGAAGCAGAAGCUGUGAAAGCCACAGAGGAUGGCACACCAUACGAUCCCUACAAGGCACUGUGGUUUAAGCGAGAGAAGGACCCCGUUACCAAGGAGUUAACCCAUAUUUACAGGGGAGGAUACUGGGAGUGUAAAGAAAAGCAGGAGUGGACCGCAUGCCCGGACAUCUUCUGAACUGACAGUAAUGAAAAGGAAGAGCAGUCAAAGGCCAAGAGGACAGAGGAUGUGCGGGAAAGCUGGCUGUUGGGACCCUCUUACCCAGGGCUUUCCUCGAGUUUGUCUGUCUUAACCAAUCAUUUUUUCCAAAUCAAUCACCAGAAGCAGACACCAGUGGUGGUGAUUGGCUGGUUGCCUUAGCUGACUGAAACUGAAAUCAACAUACUAGAUGCCCAUGUUUGUAAGGGAGAGGCUCAGUGGCUGAAAGGUAGUGUUAUUCCACGUCUGCAAAGUCAGGUAUUCUUGGCUCUUCCUUCUCCCUCUGCCCCUGUGUAAGGUGGCGCCAUCCAGCCUCCCCCUGUCGUGUCCUGCUCAGCCAAGAUCUACACACGAUUAUGACGCAGGGGCAUUUUGGUGCUGCUCAGAGCAAGAGCUGGUUUAAGAAGUUCCUUUGAAGAGAAACACAGGAGACUCACCAGCAGAGGCAUCGUGCAUGGCCGCGGUGGAGCUUAGGCAUGACGAUACGAACGUUCGCCGGGGGCCCCUCUCCCGGGUGUCGGUGCGCAGAUAACUGCAUCUCGGAACACUCGCCGGGGGAUUGUUCUGUAAGGUUGGAACACUGAGUUACAUUCUUGGAAGUUUCUAUCUUCACUCCCAUAAAACACCCUCUGCUGUUCUCCAUCUUCUUUGUCAUCAACCGGAGGUCACUUCGGUGGUUGUCGGAGGGUUGCAGUGUCCUCACGAGGGGUUUUAUGGACUUGCUCAGGCGGAGAACUUCUGAGAACACAGGCAGACGGAAGAGGACUGCCGCCACCUUUGCUUUCCCACUUCCUCCUCACCCCAUCCUUCAUUGCCUUGCUCACUUCUCUUCUCUCUCAGCACAGGACCAGUUUGGGUCUGUGCCUCCAGAGUGGAGCAAAACAUUACCUGUCCCGUUCUGCUCUGCAGAACUUGAGAGAAGCAGUUCAUCUGGAAUAAAAGUUGUCACCAUCUCUCAAGCCCCAUGGACUGGAGCCACCUAUGGAAUAAUGUGUUAAAUAACUGUAUAUUAUAUAUAUGUAGAGAAAAAUCUAAUUUUCUUGUUUGAUUUUCCUUAUUCCCAUUAAGAAUCUUGUUUUUUGAUAUCUCUGGUCUCCCCGGGACUGUCUCUUGGACAUGGGGCAUGGGUCAGACCCUCCUCCGCUUACCAUCCUGUAAGGGCAGACAGGCAGAACCCGAGCAGGGCCAUGCUUGGCAGCUACCGAACAGGGACAUUAUCCAUGGCUUGUGUCAUGGGGUGCCCACUACUGAAACCUGUCCUAAUUACCUGACUCUUGAAAAUGAAAUCCUAACUUCUUUCCUGCCUUUUUUCCAUCUUGUCAGGAAGAUAUGGGUCGACAGUCAGGAGGGUAAUUUCCCACUUAAUUCUGCCUCUGUCCAAAUCACAGCACACACAGCUGACUCCCAAAAGAACUUCCUUCAAAGGACAGGGGGCUGGAAGCAGCAUCAUAUGGGGUGGGUGAGAGAACCCCUAGUGGGCCCUGGCUUCCUCCAUUUUUUGUUCUGUAUUUGUUUGAGUUUUCUUGUUCUGAAAUCUCACCCCCUGCCACCCACCCUUGGUUGAGGAUCACAAAUUGAGGUGCCUUCUUUGUAUGCCUUUUGUUUGUGUUUUUUAUUUCAGUUCCUUAACUGCUGAGCCUCAGCCAGUGUGGGUCCCAGGGGCCACUGUCAUUCCAGAGGAAGCCAGCCCUCUGGGAAGCUGGGUUUAUACCAUUCAUACGGGGAAACUGGUACUCCUGAUCCUUCCCCACCUGCCCUUCCUCCCUUCCCAGCUGGGGCGAACUUGAGAGGGGCAACUGCUGGGGAUUUUCCUACGAAGAGCCCAGCAUAAACAAGGGGUUGUCCUGGGCUUCUUUCAGGGAGGCCUACAAAAGCAAAGACAUGAUGAAUCAGGCUUUAGACAGCAGGAAUCCCCGACUAAAUGAACCCUCUUCCUGCCCCCCCUUCUCCCUCCACCGUCUGCACCACACUUCCAGCCUGGUCCCCAGUCAGAUUCCUGCCAAUGGAAGAAGCUUCCAGUCCUUCAGGUGAAAUAAAGUCACAUGAAAACAAAACAAAA